GUUUAAAUUGCGACUUAUCUAAUACAUUUAUGAGAUUUAAAGCCGAAUUUACGAGAAAAAAACUUGUAAUUAUACUUUUUUGGUGUGGUGGUAAUCAGGAGCAGAUGAAAAAAUACUGUCGCAAAACAUUUUUGUGAUGUAGAAAGUAUGCUGGUCGGGGGCGGGGCCACGAGCUCUCUGCUCCGCCCCAUUCUGAUGCAGACAGUCGAUCCAUGAACGUCUUUGUUGUCCUCGUCUGAGCUGGAAUCUGAUCUAAACUGAUAGAAGUGAUGCUGCUGCUGUUUUUGUUGUGACGGGAAGUAGGGGCAGGCUUACUCGGCGUCAACAGUCCUGCCCACAGCGAGGGGAAUUCUAGGGAACUCCCGCUGCUCUGCAGAAACUAUGUCCAAGACCUUUUUAAGAUUUUGUAUAAAAACGGUAUAAUCAUGAUUGUAAGAUCACUGGGAACACUUUGAAAAUCGACCAAAAGAUAAUUUAUAUAUUUAUAAUAGUGGAACUUCAAUUAUCUUUUAUGUUUUUAUUUGACUAAUUUAAGGGUCAAAUAUCUGCAAAUCUUAGUCCGAAUGUUUCUUCUGGUUUUCUUCUCGUUGCAUCUGCAAACUCUUUCCCAGCAGUAGGAUCCGUGCUCUAACGCUGCUUUAAUGUCAAACAUUUGCUGAUUUUUGAUUUAUUUUUCUGAACUCUAAGAAAGUUGAUGGACGAGAUUUGGUGAUAAUUUCUGGAUUUCCCAGAAGUACUUUUGUCUUGAUGGUGAAACAUCAGAUAAACACAAUAAAGUUUCUGUAAACGUGCAUCACAUGUUCAUCUGUCAGUGAAUGUUCCAGCCUCAAACGUUUCCAACAAUCCAGGAUUUAGUUUCUAAAGUUUCUCAGGAAAAACUUGUCAGAGAUCUCCAGGAUUCUGAAGGAUCUGGCAGCCGAGAACCUCUGAGCAUCAGUCGGGUGGAUCAGACAAGUGGAGUGCAUGCUCGACCCCCCCGGCUGGUCUCUGUGCUGCAGCUGAGCCGUCUGCAUAAUCGGACACAUGCUGUAAAUUAAUCUGAUCCCCGUGACAGUAAAGCUGCGUGUCAUCUCCAUCCUCUUUGCUAGAAAGUCAUGCAGCCGUGCAUCUGCCGCGCAUGUCCUGACGGGUCGGGCGUGGGGGCUCCGCGGCCCCCUACCUGCCAGCAGCUGUAAUCUGAACGGCAGCUUUUACUGGCUGGAGCGUAUCGACCGGCCCCCUCCCUCGGCCGUCCCGCUGCCCCGCGGUCCGCCUCCAGCUGAUGAGCGUAUUGGCAGCCGCAUCAUUCCACCCGGCUGACUUAUUGGGAUUUGUUUGCUGCUGUUGCUGCGGCGGGCGGACGCUGCCUGCUCCCCCGGGGUGCGUUGUGAGGCGUCGCUGGACACUUUUUUCAUUUUUUUUAUUUUUAUCGAGCGAGCCGAGCGGGGGGACCAGCAGGAUGUUCUCAUCUUCAUCCAGAAACUCUCUGCUGUCGCCGUGGUCGUCCAUGGAGCAGUCGGACUCCGAGGUUCUGGACAUCAGCACCAAGGUGCAGCUGCACGGCGUCCUGUGGAAGAGGCCCUUCGGACGACCGUCGGCCAAGUGGUCCCGCAGGUUCUUCAUCAUCAAAGACAGCUUCCUGCUCUACUAUGGAGAGAACGAGAAGAAGAGCUUUGAAAGCAACAGAUUCUUCAACAUCCACCCGAAGGGGGUCAUUCCUCUGGGGGGAUGCGUGGUGUCUGCAAACGAAGACAUGGGCAUGCCCUUCGCCAUCGUCAUCAACCUGGAGGAUUUCACGGGAACCGUCGUCCUGGCUGCUGAGUCCGAGGCCGAGCGGCUCCAGUGGAUGGAGAUGCUCCAGGAGUCGGGAAAAGUAACCUGGAAGAACGCCCAGCUCGGGGAGGCCAUGAUCGAGAGUCUGGAGGCGCAGGGCCUCCAGCUGGCAAAGGAGAAGCAGGAGUACCUGGAUAAACUGAUGGAGGAGACGGAGGAGCUCAGCCACCAGAGAGCACAGCGAGAGGAGCUGGAGCGUCUCAACCAGGUCCUGGAGGAGGAGAAGAUGAAGUUUGAGGAGGUGGUGCUGGAGCUGAAGGCGGAGCAGGAGCAGAUCAAGCUAGACCUGGACGGCACGGCGCAGUCCCUGAAGAUGGUGGAGCGGGAGAAGGAGGAGCUGAGCAGCUUAACGGUGUCGCUGCAGAAAUCCAUCGAGGAUCUGUCCCAGGAGAAGCGGCGCCGGCUGGAGCAGCUGGCAGAGAAAAAGCAAGAGGAGGAGGAGGAGGAGGAGGAGGCUCCAGGAGCUCAGCAGGAGAAGAAGGAGGAGGAGGAGCAGGGAGGCGGAGAGCUGGACCUCCUGCAGGAGCUGCGCCACAUCGAGGAGCAGAUGAGGAUCCUCCUGAAGGAGAAGGAGCAGGCCGACGAGAAGCUCCAGGACAACGAGCAGCGGGCCGAGGUUCUGCAGCAGGAGCGGGAGUACUACUCCAGCCAGGCCCGGGUUCUGCAGCAGUCGCUCUCUCAGCUCUCGGUGGACAAACUGCAGACUGAAGCCGAGCUCAAGGCGGAGAUCGAGUCUCGGGUGGAGCUGGAGCGCCGACUGAAGCAGGCGGAGGAGGCUCUGCAGGACCUGGAGAAAGGCCUGAACUGUCUGGAGAGAACCAAAGAGCGAGACGAGAAGAUGAAGGGCGACGUGACGCAGCUGAGGAAGUUCUUCGAGGAAUGCAUCUGCGCAGCCGAGAUCGAGGCCAAGCUGCCGGCCAUCAUGAAGAACGCCGUGUACCUUCAUAAAGCGGCUGCGCGAAGGAUCAAGAGCUGCAGGAUCCAGAGGAGAGCGUCCAGACGUCACUGGUUGAAACAGUCCAAGUCCUUCGCCGUCCCCGGCUCUGAAGACGGCAGCAUGGAGGAGCUGCGGGCCACGGCGCGCCGCCUGACCUCCGACAGCAGCUUCAGAGAGAGCGUGUACAAGAUCAUCACCAGCAAGGACGCCGCCGCCAACAAGAGCCCGGACUGAGGAGGAGGAGCAGGUAAAGAGGAGAACCGGAGGGCUCCUCCCCCUGAGAGGUCCUCAUCCCAAAGCAUCAAUCAGCACCAGAGGCUGAAGCACUUUUAGGAUUAUUGUUUGAGUUCUAGGGAAACAAGUUCACUGUAAAGAUGUGACAAUAAACUCUGUGAAAAUGUUAA